AUGAUGUGCUUACAGAUCCUGAGAGUAAGCCUGCUGGUUCUGGCUGGGUGGGCUCUCAGCACUUCCAGCUCUGAGCUGGGCUGGACACAUAAGAGAUCCCUGGCUCAAAGGGGACACCUCAAUGAGAUGCUGUCAAAGGGAGAACGCUGUUGGCUAGGGACCAGGGUUCGAAGACCCAGAACCUCUCCCCAGCAUCACCUCUUUGGGGUCUACCCCAGCAGGCCUGGCAGCUCCCUGAGACCCUACCCAGUGGGGGACCAGGGCAUCCACCACGCAGGACGCAGCAAGCCAGCUGCUGAGGGAAUGGCUAUGAGUGGUGUUCCCCCAGAUCAGACUGCAGGUGCAGCAGUGAGGACUGGGGCUGAGCAGCUGGCAGCCUCGUGGGUAGGGAAUGGUCCUAUUGGGCAACGGGAGCUGCUGGGAAAUGAUGAUGACAAUUAUCUUGACAAUCGAGGAUCCAAGGCAUCUCUAGGUGAGGCUGGGACUCAGGAAGGUUCAGCUACAGCUGCCACCAUCAUCACCACUUUCGCACACCAGAAGACUGGAAGGAAGGGUCUGGCCAAGCCCAGGCACCGCCGCCAGGUGGUGAAGGGGCUGGCAGAGGGUGUGCAGGAAGACCCAGAUGUCUCUCUCGGGCAUUUCCGCCCUUGGCCUAAGCGUCCCCUUAUGCACGGGGUCAGAAGCAGUUCUUCAGAGGACAGCAUCCGGAAUGGCAGAGGGAAUCCCUACUGGGAAGCAGAGACCUCGAACCCCCACGGAGGAGGACUGCCCGUCUUGUACUUCUCAGGGAGGCGGGAGAGGCUGCUGCUUCGCUCAGAAGUGCUGGCUGAGGUUCCUCGGGAGGCGUUCACAGUGGAAGCCUGGGUGAAGCCGGAGGGAGGGCAGAGCAGCCCAACCAUCAUUGCAGGUGUGUUUGAUAACUGCACCCACACUAUCAAUGACAAGGGCUGGGCCCUGGGGAUCCACUCAGGGAAGGACACAGGAAGGCGAGACGCUCGCUUCUUCUUCUCUCUUCGCACUGAUCGCAUGAAGAAGGCCACCAUUGUGAUUGGCCACAGUCGCUACCAAUCAGGCAUGUGGACACAUGUGGCAGCUACUUAUGAUGGACUGCGUAUGGCCCUGUAUGUGGAUGGUACUCAGGUGGCUAGUAGUCUAGACCAGUCUGGUCCCCUGAACAGCCCCUUCAUGGCAUCAUGCCGUACUUUGCUCCUGGGAGGGGAUAGCUCCGAGAAUGGGCAUUCUUUCCGUGGAUACGUGGGCACACUGGUUCUCUGGUCAACGGCCCUUUCACAGAGCCACCUCCAGCACAGUCCUCAGCAUCCUAGUGAGGUAGAUGAAUUGACUACUGUGAUACUAACAGCCAGCUUUGAGCCCUUGGAACACCAAUGGGCCCCCUUUAGAGAUGACAAGUACCCACGGCUUGAGGUUCUCCAGGGCUAUGAGCCAGAGCCGGAGAUUGUGUCACCUUUGCAGCCCCCACUUUGUGGGAAGACAGCAUGUGACAAUGUAGAAUUGAUCUCCCACUACAAUGGGCACUGGCCUCUUCGGGGAGAGAAGGUGAUCCGCUACCAGGUGGUGAACAUCUGCAACGAUGAUGGACUGAACCCCACCGUGACUGAUGAGCAGAUCAGCCGGCAGCACAAGGUGCUCAAUGAAGCCUUUGGUCACUAUAACAUCACCUGGCAGCUGAGCGUCUACCAGGUCCACAACUCCACCCUGCGCCACCGUGCUGUGCUCAUCAACUGUGAGCCCAGCAAGAUCGGCAAUGACCACUGUGACCCAGAGUGUGAGCACCCACUCACGGGUUAUGAUGGGGGCGACUGCCGCCUACAGGGCCGGUGCUACUCCUGGAACCGCAGGGAUGGGCUCUGCCACAUGGAGUGCAACAACAUGCUGAAUGACUUUGAUGACGGGGACUGCUGUGACCCCGAGGUGGCUGACGUACACAAGACCUGCUUUGAUCCUGACUCACCUAAGAGGGCCUACAUGAGUGUGAAGGAGCUGAAGGAGGCGCUGCAGCUCAACAGCACACACUUCCUCAAUGUCUAUUUUGCCAGCUCUGUGCAGGAAGACCUUGCAGGUGCUGCCACCUGGCCUUGGGAUAAGGAAGCCAUCAGUCACCUGGGUGGCGUUGUCCUCAACCCAGCCUAUUACGGAAUGCCUGGCCAUACCAACAUUAUGGUCCAUGAGGUGGGGCAUGUCCUGGGACUCUACCAUGUCUUCAAAGGGGUCAGUGAAAGAGAAUCUUGCGAUGACCCCUGCAGGGAGACAGUGCCCUCCAUGGACACAGGAGACCUCUGUGCUGACACUGCGCCCACUCCCAAGAGUAAGCUGUGCCAGGACCCGGAGCCUACCAAUGACACUUGCGGCUUUACCCCCUUCCUGGGGGCUCCAUUCAGUAACUACAUGAGCUACACAGAUGAUGACUGCACUGACAGCUUCACCCCUAACCAAGUGGCCCGCAUGCAUUGCUAUUUGGACCUUGUGUAUCAACAAUGGAGUCAAAGCCGAAAGCCCACCCCCAUUCCUAUCCCACCCAUGGUCAUUGGGCAGUCCAACACGUCCCUCACUAUCUACUGGCUGCCUCCGAUUAGUGGAGUCAUGUAUGACAGGGUCCCGGGCAGCAUGUGUGGUGCCUGCACGGAGGAUGGGACAUUCCGUCAGUACGUACACACAGCUUCCUCCCGGCGGGUAUGCGACUCCUCAGGGUACUGGACUCCAGAGGAGGCAGUGGGGCCUCCCGAUGUGGAUCAGCCCUGCGAGCCUAGCCUGCAGGCCUGGAGCCCUGAGCUGCACCUGUACCAUAUGAACAUGACGGUGCCCUGCCCGGUGGAAGGCUGCAGCUUGGAGAUGCUCUUCCAGCACCCAGUGCACGCUGACACCCUCACCCUGUGGGUCACCUAUCUCUCUGUGGACAACUCCCAGGCACUCUUGGACACAGAAAUCUUGCUUGAACAUCAGAAGUCUGUGCAUCUGGGCCCCCUGGACACAUUCUGUGACACCCCGCUCACCAUCAAGCUGCAUGUCGACGGCAAGGUCUUGGGGGUGAAGGUGUAUACUUUCGAUGAACGGCUGGAGGUGGAUGCUGCCCUCCUGACAUCUCAGCCUCACAGCCCUCUCUGCUCUGGCUGCAGGCCCCUGCGUUAUCAGGUGCUCCGGGAACCCCCCUUCGCCAGUGGCUUACCUGCCGUGGCCACACACCCUCACAGGAAGUUCACGGACACGGAGGUCACACCUGGGCAGGUGUAUCAGUACCAAGUUCAAGCUGUGGCAGGAGCAGAGCUGGGAGAAGCUUCACCACCUCUGAACCACAUUCAUGGGGCUCCUUACUGUGGAGAUGGGAAGGUGGCCAGGAACCUGGGCGAAGAGUGUGACGAUGGAGAUCUUCUGAGCGGAGAUGGCUGCUCAAGGACAUGCAACCUUGAGGAAGGCUUCAACUGUGCAGGAGAGCCAAGCCUUUGCUAUGUCUUUGAGGGAGAUGGGAUAUGUGAACCUUUUGAGAGGGAAACCAGCUUUAUAGACUGUGGUCUCUACACUCCUAGUGGAUACCUGGAUCAGUGGGCUACCCACGCUUACUCAGCUCAUGAAGACAAGAACAAGUGUCCUGUUUCCUUGGUAACAGGAGAACCUCAUUCCACAAUUUGCACAUCCUACCAUCCAGAUUUACGGAACCAUCGACCUCUUCUUGGCUGGGUUCCCUGUGUCCCCAGUGGAAACCGAUCUGGGGAGGAAAGCAGUGAGCAGCUUGAAGGAACCCUGGAGAGAGAGGAUGAAGUUUGGCUCAAAGUGUGUUUUAAUAGACCAGGAGUGGCUACAACAAUUUUUAUUUUCUUGACGUCUGAUGGCCUGGUAUCUGGGAAACAUCAGCGGCCCACAGUGACCAUCCACCUGACUGAUAUCAGUGGAAACAACUACUCUCUUGGAAUCUAUGAACUGUCAUGCCGACAUAACCCACUGGUUGUCAAUGUGACCCUUCACCCGAAUGUCCUCUCCCACCUUACUGCCUCCAUGCUGCUGAAUUUCUCAUCCCCAUUCAUCGGCAUCUCAGCCGUGGUUCUCAGGACAGCCUCCCACCUGAAUCCUUCACUUCCUAAUGACUGUGUACCAGAGCAUGAGGGGCAAAAUUAUCAGGGACAGAGCUGUGUCCACCGGCCCUGUGGGGAGCAGAGCAGCUGUGCGCCACUGCUGUUGGAGCACACGGAUGUGGUGAACUGUACCGCUUUGGGGCCAAGUCACAUGAAGUGCGCUAUCACCUGCCAAAGGGGGUUUGUCCUUCAGGCCAGCAGUGGACAGUACCUCAAGCCCAUGCAGAAGGACAUUCUGCUCACGUGCUCCUCAGGGCACUGGGACCGGGCAGUGAGGUGUAUGCCCCUUGAUUGUGGCUUUCCCGACCCAGCUCUGGUGAAUUACGCAACCUUCUCCUGCCCAGAGGGAACCAGCUUUCUACAACGUUGCUCCAUCUCCUGUGUCCCACCAGCUAAGCUUCAAGGACUGAGCCCAUGGCUGACCUGCCUUGAGGAUGGGCUCUGGUCUCUCCCUGAAGCCUACUGCAAGUUGGAGUGUAACACUCCCCCUGCGAUCCCCAAUGCCAACCUGCUCCUGCCACACUGCCUCCAGGGCCACCAUGACGUGGGCUCCACCUGCAGAUAUGAAUGCAAACCUGGCUACUACGUGGAGGAAAGUGCAGAGAGUAAAGUCAGGAAAAAGUUCCUGAAGAUACAUUGUCUGGAGGAUGGAACCUGGGAGCAAGGUAGCUGCAUCCCAGUGGUGUGUGAGCCACCACCUCCUGUGUUUGAAGGCAUGUACGAAUGUACCAAUGGCUUUGAGCUCGACAGCCAAUGUGUGCUCAACUGUAACCAGGAAAGUGAAAGGCUUCCCAUCCUCUGCACGAAGGAAGGACUGUGGAGUGAGGAGUUCAAGUUGUGUGAGAAGCUGCAAGGGGAAUGUCCACCACCACCCUCGGAGCUGGACUUUGUGGAAUACAAGUGUGAACAGGGCUAUGGGAUUGGCGCAGUGUGCACCCCAUCAUGUGUAGUGCCCCCUCGUGACCCAGUGAUUCUGCCUGUCAACAUCACUGCAGACACUCUGGAGCACUGGAUGGAGCCCAUCAAAGUCCAGAGCAUCGUGUGUACUGGGCGGCGUCUGUGGCACCCAGACCCUGUCCUGAUCCAUUGCAUCCAGUCCUGUGAGCCUUUCCAAGCAGAUGGUUGGUGUGAUACUAUCAACAACCGAGCCUACUGCCAUUACGAUGGGGGUGACUGCUGCUCUUCCACACUCUCCUCCAAGAAGGUCAUCCCAUUCGCUGCUGACUGUGACCUGGAUGAAUGCACCUGCAGAGACCCCAAGGCAGAAGAGAACCAGUAA